CUCUAGAGACAAUUCAAUCUCAUGUUCGUUCUGAUUAUGAUAAUAUUGCCAGUGAAUCAGACUCGAAAUAUUCUAGCUGGAAAAAUUUUAAGGAAGAGUAUCAAGGUAUAUCAAAAGAAGUGGCUAUCUUCCCUCAUACAGAUAGAACCUCUCUUGAAGAUAUGUUUUCAGCCCAAACUACAAUGGUAAAAAUAUCUUCCGCUAAAAUGGUUUUGCUUCAACCCAUUGAAUAUGAUGCUGAGGGCAGUGAAAUCAUACUUGUUGACGGAAAGAAA